UCCACGUGUGUACCGGUAGCAUUUCGGGUCGGUUGUGUCUUCUCGGAUUUCCCCCCAAAUGACGAUGUCUUACAUACCUGUUAGCCCCGACAGUGACUUCCCCAUACAGAAUAUCCCGUAUGGUGUAUUCUCGACCCCCGACAAUCCAACACCGAGGCUUGGGGUUGCUAUCGGUGAUCAGAUUUUGGACCUUAGUGUAAUCAGGCAUCUGUUUGAUGGUCCGAUUCUUCAGAGCCAGCAGUCUGUGUUCAGUGAGUCAACAUUGAAUGCUUUUAUGAGCCUUGGUCGUCCAGCUUGGAAGGAAGCCAGAGAAACAUUGCAGAAACUUUUAUCUGCUGAUGAGCCUAUCCUUAGGGACAACAGUAGCCUUAGAGACAGAGCAUUUGUACCCCAGCACUCAGCACGGAUGCAUCUCCCAGCCAGAAUAGGUGAUUACACCGACUUCUACUCGUCCAAAAACCAUGCAUACAAUGUAGGCUGUAUGUUUAGAGGACCUGAGAAUGCACUCAUGCCAAACUGGACACAUUUACCUGUAGGAUAUCAUGGUCGCGCUUCAUCAGUGGUUGUAUCAGGUACCCCGGUCAGGCGCCCAAAUGGACAGACCCGCCCUGAUGAUGCCAGUCCACCUGUGUUCACCAAGUGUAAACUGUUGGACUUUGAGUUGGAGAUGGCCUUCUUCACCGGCCCAGCAAAUGAGCUUGGUCAGCCCAUUACCAUGGACAAAGCCGAGGACCACAUCUUUGGGAUGGUACUUAUGAAUGACUGGAGCGCUCGAGACAUACAGAAGUGGGAGUACGUUCCGCUCGGCCCAUUCCUGGGAAAGAACUUUGCAACAACUAUUUCCCCCUGGGUGGUGACUAUGGAUGCCCUCAAAUCUUUUACUGUUCCAAACAUGCCCCAGAAUCCAGUCCCCCUACCGUACCUUCAACAUGAGGACCCAUAUAGCUUUGACAUCAAUCUACAGGUCAACCUAAAGAGUGACGGCCUCAGUCAGCCACAUGUUCUUUGCAGGAGCAACUACAAGUACAUGUAUUGGACAAUGAAACAACAACUGGUUCAUCACACAGUGACAGGCUGUAACACUAACCCAGGGGACCUCCUGGCUUCAGGCACCAUCAGUGGAGAGACCACAGAUUCAUUUGGCAGUAUGUUGGAGCUGUGCUGGAAGGGCACCAAGCCAAUAGAACUUGGUGGCGGAGUCACUAGAAAAUUUUUACAGGACGGAGAUGAGGUCAUCAUGUCAGGAUGGUGUGAGAACAACGGUGUGAGAAUUGGCUUUGGGACAUGUACCGGGAAAGUGCUACCUGCACUUGACAUGUGAUUGUUUAAGAAGUUUUAAUCAUAAACAUUUGGAGGAUAUGAUCUGUUGAUCUUAAUUGUGUACAGUUCUGUGGCUAACAAUAACCUCUCUAUUGUUGGACAGUACCACCUUGAAGCUGGAUUGGAGAAUUUUACGGAAAAAACAGCAAUUAUACAAUAUUAAUUCUGGUCAAGGCUUUGUACGAUUCUCAAUUGUGUACUGAGUAAUGAUUUAGUUAAAAUCUUUUCUCAACAAUU